ACUUAACAGUUCUGUAGAAACCUUUAAGUUAACAACACAAAAAUGAAAUUUAAUAAAAUAUUGGUCAUAGUUGUGGUCUUAAACUUACAACAGUCCACAUUCGCAAAACACGUAGAAGAAAAUGAAAUAACCUCAUUCGAGGAGAAAUUUCGUAACGAUCCCUCACCACGUAUACAACUUCAGGACUAUGCAUACGAUAAUCUCUGUUCAUUAAUCAAAGAUUAUGCCGUCCGUUUUGUUCCUAUUAGUCGUAAUAUUCUUAAAGAUGAAGCCCUCUUGAGCAACCAAAAACCUGAAGUGUUAGUAUUUAAAAAAGAAUUAACGGGUUAUGUGGAAAACUAUGAGAUAUCCAAGAAAGAUGUAAUAAGACUUUAUAGUUCAAUGGGACCUUUUCUGAAAACUAUCGAUGAUUAUAUACACAUGCCUGAAGAGCGAAUGUCUUCUGAAUCGAAAUUUAUUUUUGAAUUAUUAAAUAAGUACGAAUAUGAAAAUCUCAAUAUGGAAUUUAUGAAGAAAUUUGAUGUGUUCGUUAAUAGCUUUAUUGAUAAGUUUGAAAAUGCUAAGGAGUAUAUGAGUAAAGAGUUAUUAGAAUGGUUUGAGGAAUUUAAAACUCGACCUAAACUUGAUAAAUUCAAUGAUAUUAUUAUUUAUAUUAUGAUAGCUUAAUAUUAAGAAUAUAAAAAUGUUUUUUUUUUAUUUUUUAAUAAAGGAAAGUUUUUAUUUCAU